AUGGGGAAUGGUGACGAGAAGAGCAAGGGGAGUGCAGAGGGGUUCAGUGCGGUGGUGGCGGUGCUCCAAGCAGGGGAGAAGGACCAGGCGAGGGUGCAGUUGGUGUUGGAGCGUCCGUUUUCGCUCGCACACGGCGGCACGGGGAGUGUGUUUCUGAGCGGAUACAAGACCAUGCAGGAGUAUCCAGAUGGGGGAGAGGCCGAAGAGGACCCGUUUGCUGAUGUUGAAGAGGACGAGGAGGAGGAGGAGGAAGAAGAAGAGGAUGAGGAGGCGAUUGAGAGGAAGGUGGCAAAGGAGAUUGCAGCACUGCAGGCGGAGUUAGCCACAAAGAAAGCGAAGAAGGCCCAGAAGGCAGCAGCAGUGCUGGCAAAGCUCACAGCAGCGCAGGAAGAGAAGAAGAAGGCCCAGAAAGAGGCAGGCGAAGGGAGCAAGGGGGCAGAGGGCGCUAAGGGAUCAGAGGAGGCGAAGGGAGGCAAUGCGAAGGGGGCAGAGGGGGCAAAGGGAGGGAGUGCAAAUGGUGUGGAUGGGAAGAGGAAAGCAGGGGAGAUCGAGGGCAGUGAGAAGGAGACGGGACAAGGGGGACAGGGGACGCCAGGGGGAGAGGCAGGCGAGGGGAAGGGGAAGAGGAGAAAGGGGAAGAAGGGGAAGGAGGAGGGGACCCCGGGCAAGGAAGAUAAGGCACAGCCCACCACUCCAGCAACCACCCCAGUGCCCCGUGCCCCUGCCCCAACCCCAGCAAAGCCAGUGCCCAACCCCCCCACUCCCGGCGCCACGCUAGCCAAAGCCGCCUCUGCUCUCGCCAAGGCUGCUCCUGCCGCCUCCCCUGCUGGUGGUAAGGCAGGCGCGCCUGCUAAGGAAGCAGCAGCCCCUGCUAAAGCAGCUACUCCUGCGAAGGCAACCAAGGCAGGGAAGGGAGGCAGCAGCACUCCUGCCAAGGACGGUUCGACGCCCGCUAAAGCGGCCAAGGCAGCAACUCCUGAAGCGAGUGUGGUGUGCGGGAAAUGUAACAAGUGA